AUGGUGAAAGCGCGUUGGGAGGCCAACGAUGAGGUCCUCGACUUCAUCCUGGAGCAAGCUAUACCCCGCUAUGCCCUUCCGCGGGGUCAAAAGGAGUCGCUAUAUACCAGCGUAGCGGCCCUAGUAAGAGAGAGAUUCGGGGAGGACUACCACGACGCCUCCAAUAUUGCUCAUUGCACAAUGAAGCAAGUGAAGUAUGUGGUCGAAAAUUAUGGCAAGGACCCUAGAAAGGGAAACCGGCUAGGCAACCAAAUCCACCUGUCGACCGGUGGGAGCCCGCGCGAGGAGCCGAACACCGGCGGAAAUGCGACGGCCGCCGCCAGUAAAAAGGGGGCAAAUAAACGACCUUGCCACCACUGCGGCGGUAGUGGAUUAGAGCCAGUUGAUCCCAAAUCUUCCUCGGGCUCCAAAUCAUCAGGACCGCCGAACAUAAAACCCAGUGGCGCAACGGGCCAGCACCGGCGGGGACACAGAUAUACGCCAAUGUCUAUCACAGGUGGCGAACCCGGCAAUACCUAUGAUCCUCAUGGUGAUGGGGCGCAAGGUAAUCUGGACCUAUACGCCCAGGGCCAGCCUUCAUUUCACCAUCCUCAAGAUUGUAAUGUAGGCCGUACGACUGGCGUGGCUCAAGGACUUGAUCCAUCUGCGUAUCCCUUCAACCCCGAUAUUGGUCUUGUCCCUCAGCUCCCGCAACAUGCGGGAGUAAACAUGAAUGCCGGCAAUAUGGCUGGAGAGGGUGGUUCUACCACCCAAGGUAUUACGGGUAGUCUGCUAAACAGCGGCUACCCGCAAAUGUCAGGAGUCAGACGCAGUGCAAUGGAUGCGCCCGAGGACGGGCAAGAUACAGUUGCUAAAUUUCACUCCGAUUACCGAAAGCGAAGGAUGGUUGCAAGCAACGCUACCACGCAGGGUUCAUCGACGGGGGAAACUCAGGCCUACAAGAGGCAGAGAACUACUACCCCGUCAGCAUCUCGUUCGACGGGGUACCAACCUGUCACUUCGGCUCCAGUUGAGCGGGGUCUGACGUUAAACCCUGCUCCCUCCGCUGGUACCAACUAUGCCGAUGCCGUUGGUGCUAAUAACUCCCAGACAGUGGGUUUUUUGGAUUUGCUGGAGGAUAACACCCAGCAGGCCUAUCAAUUUGCCGAUCACGACGGUGAUUCCGCGCUGGGUUUCACCCCAGCUUCCGCCGCCUUACAUUCGCUGGGUGAUAAUACCGGCAGCAGCCACCAGGGUUUUCAAUUUCCCCAUCAAGAUGAUGAUCUUCUGCAGCUGCUCACCUCGGCUCCCGCGGAGACCCUAGAGUCCCAAUAUAAUGAGGACGAGUUUGUCAAUUGGGGCUAUGACCAACUCUUCCCUGACGGCGCAAAUGCCAAUGGUUCUGCUGACGGGUGGAAGGCCCCGCAUGACCCUUCCACAGAUUAG